UGUUAUAGCUUAUAUAAAUAGUUCUCAAUCAAUUGAGUGUUUUGUACAGGAAUUGGUAAAUCGCUGUAGUGGGCAAGACUGGAUCAGAUAACUACACCAAACUGGGAGCAAACACCUCGACUUCCUCCCCGCCUUCAACCCACCUUUUCUUCGACACCACUUCACCGACUGCAAACCACCAGAAUGCCAGGUCUCUCUCUCUGGCUCUCCCCGCCCGCGGGCUCCUCCAUCGAAUCCAUCCUCACCGACCUAAUAUCCUCUCUCUCCGACUCCGUCGUCGCCAUCGCGCCCGCUCCUUCCGACUCCUCAGUCCCAAUCACCCCCCCGCAUUUCAAACCCCACAUCACAAUCACCAGCAACAUCCCCACCACCACAGACCCCGACUCCGUCGUCGCCUACGCCGCCUCGCUAUUCUCCCCCUCCUCCUCAUCCCCAUCAUCACCCCGGCUGAGAAUCGAAGUUACCGGCGUGGACUUUGGCCCCGCUUACUUCAAGAAAAUCUUCCUCCGCAUCCUCAAAGCGCCCGACCUCGUCCUUCUCGCGCGCUCGGUCCGCGAACGCUUCGUGUGUCCCUACCAGACCGACCCGCGCGCGGUCGCGCGCCCGGAUCAAGUCGCCGCCGAAUGGGCCGAGCAGGAGUAUGACCCGCACAUCAGCCUCGCGUAUAUCGAUCAGUGGCCGCUUACCGACAAGCAGAUCGAGCUGAGCGAGAAGUUGGUCGCGGAGGCGGUGAAGGAGAAGGUGUGGCAUGGUGGCAGGAUCGCGUUGUAUGAGACGCAGGGGCCGGCUGAGCAGUGGAAGAUGUUGGCGUUUAGAGAUGUGUAGAGAAUGAGUUAUGCCUAAUGUGAUGUGAAAUCGGAAAUUUAUACAAGUUGUAUAUGACAGUUUUUAGAAGAAAUGAGUACGUGACAAA